GUUCAGUUAACGGCCAGUGUUAGUGCGCGGUGGACGUUGCUCCUCGCUUUCUAAUUGAAAUCUCGUAGGUUAGGAAAUUCACCGGUUAAGCUUCAGUUGUUACAGGGUUUAACAAGCUCGAACGAGGAGUAUUUUAUAUUUCUCUAAAAGAACAUAAUAUAAAAUGUCGGCAAAAGCGAUUCGCGAAGCAACUGGAAAAGAUCUGAUUAACCGUAAACUUUCCCCUGGCACAAAUGCGGUAAAAUGCAGAUUCGUGACAAUCACGGAAAAUACAAAUUGGACCGAUGUUGUGAAUGACCACCCUUGGCUACUGACAGAAAAAUUGGUUGUAAAACCUGAUCAAUUGAUCAAGAGACGUGGAAAACUUGGCCUAAUUAAAGUGAACGCAGAUUUGAAUACGGUAAAACAAUGGGUCGCAGAGAGAAUGAACAAAGAUCAGCAAAUAGGGAAAGCCACAGGAAAGUUAAGAACAUUUAUCAUCGAGCCGUUUGUUCCUCAUAAACAGGAAGAAGAAGCAUACGUUUGUAUUUAUUCUCAUAGAAGAGCGGAUACUAUCUUAUUUCACCAUGAAGGCGGUGUGGAUAUCGGGGAUGUCGAUGCGAAAGCUUUGAAAUUAGAUGUACCUGUCGGAGAAGAAGCACCGUCUCAAGCUGUAAUAACGGAGAAACUACUAGUUAACGUGGCAGAUGAUAAAAAAGAAGUGAUCGCAAAGUUUAUAGACACCUUAUAUAACCUUUACGUUAAUUUAUAUUUCACUUACUUGGAAAUAAAUCCAUUGGUGGUAACGAAAAAUGGAAUUUACAUACUUGAUCUCGCUGCAAAGUUGGAUACAACCGCGGAUUUCGUAUGCAGACCUGACUGGGGAGAAAUUGAUUAUCCACCGCCAUUCGGAAGGGAUGCUUAUCCAGAGGAAGCCUAUAUCGCCGAUUUAGAUGCCAAGUCCGGAGCCAGUUUGAAACUAACUAUUCUUAAUCCAGCUGGUCGGAUAUGGACAAUGGUUGCUGGCGGUGGCGCAUCCGUAAUAUAUUCUGAUACGAUUUGUGAUUUGGGUGCCGCAAAUGAACUAGCUAAUUACGGUGAAUAUUCGGGUGCACCCAGUGAGCAGCAAACUUACGAAUACGCCAAAACGAUUUUGAGUUUAAUGACAAAAGAGAAACGAAAAGAAGGAAAAGUUUUGAUCAUCGGUGGAGGUAUUGCUAACUUUACGAAUGUAGCUGCCACUUUUAAAGGUAUCGUAAAAGCUUUGCAAGAAUAUCAGCCAAAGCUCGUCGAACAUAACGUGAAGAUAUUUGUGAGAAGAGCAGGACCUAAUUAUCAGGAAGGUUUAAGAAUAAUACGCGAAGUUGGUAGAAGACUCGCUAUUCCAGUUUAUGUGUUCGGUCCAGAAACUCAUAUGACGGCUAUAUGCGCGAUGGCUUUAGGUAAAAAACCGAUUCCGGAUCCUGAGGCUCAGGAAUUUUCCACCGCAAACUUUUUGUUGCCAUCUGGACAAGAUGUGGGUCCAUCAGCUCCUGCAAAAAGUACUUCCUCUUCGUCUACCAAGCAAUGCAAACUAAAAACAAGCGAAUCCGUCGAUGGGUCGACAGAUAAGCAACUUUUUAGCAAUAAAACUAGAGCCAUUAUCUGGGGAAUGCAAACCAGAGCUGUUCAAAGUAUGUUGGACUUUGAUUUCGUUUGUCGUAGAUCUGAACCGUCUGUUGCUGCUAUCGUAUACCCCUUCACGGGUGAUCACAAACAGAAAUUUUACUGGGGUCAUAAAGAGAUAUUAAUUCCUGUCUAUAAACAAAUGAAAGACGCUAUGACCAAACACGCGGACGCGGACGUUAUGGUUACAUUCGCGUCUUUGAGAUCUGCGUACGACAGCGCAGUGGAAACGAUGCAAUUCCCUCAAAUUCGAACAAUUGCCAUUAUCGCUGAAGGUAUACCAGAAAACAUGACAAGAAAAUUAAUCUUAAUGGCGCAACAAAAAAAUAUAACAAUUAUCGGCCCGGCUACCGUCGGAGGUGUUAAACCAGGAUGUUUCAAGAUCGGUAAUACCGGUGGAAUGAUGGACAAUAUCCUUCACAGUAAACUUUAUAGGCCUGGCAGUGUGGCCUACGUUUCUCGUUCCGGUGGUAUGUCUAAUGAAUUGAAUAACAUCAUCUCGAAAGCUUCCAACGGAGUGUUGGAGGGUGUCGCGAUCGGAGGAGAUCGUUAUCCAGGAACGACAUUUAUGGAUCACAUAAUGCGAUAUCAGAGGAAUCCUGACGUGAAACUUAUAGUUCUUCUUGGCGAGGUUGGUGGUGUAGAAGAAUACGAAGUAUGCGAAGCACUGAAAACUAAAAAAGUUACAAAACCGUUGGUUGCUUGGUGUAUCGGUACUUGCGCCAGUAUGUUUAAUUCCGAGGUGCAAUUCGGUCACGCUGGAUCAAUCGCUCAUAGCAAUUUAGAAACAGCUUCUUCUAAGAACGCUGCAUUGAAAGCGGCAGGCGCUCACGUACCUGAUAGUUUCGACAACCUUGGUGAUCUGUUGCAAAACGUUUACGAGAAACUCGUUAAGGAAGGAACGAUCGUUCCAGAACCAGAAGUUCCACCACCGACCGUACCCAUGGAUUAUAGCUGGGCUAGGGAACUUGGUUUGAUACGAAAACCGGCUUCGUUCAUGACGUCGAUAUGCGAUGAACGCGGGCAAGAAUUAUUGUACGCUGGAAUGCCUGUAACCGAAGUUCUUAAGCAGAACGUAGGAAUUGGUGGCGUAGUUUCGUUAUUGUGGUUCCAACGAUGUCUGCCGUCUAUCUAUUGUAAAUUUCUUGAAAUGUCUCUAAUGUUAACGGCUGAUCAUGGCCCGGCUGUGUCUGGAGCACACAACACCAUUGUUUGUGCAAGAGCCGGUAAAGAUUUAGUUAGCUCUCUUGUAUCCGGCCUUUUGACCAUAGGUGAUCGUUUCGGUGGAGCAUUGGACGGCGCUGCUCGUAUGUUUUCGGAAGCGUACGAUGCCGGUUUGCAUCCUCAAGAAUUUGUAAAUAACACUCGUAAGAAAGGAAAGCUCAUCAUGGGUAUCGGUCAUCGCAUAAAAUCUAUAAAUAAUCCGGAUAUGCGGGUGAAGCUUAUCAAAGAAUAUGUAAUGGAAAACUUUCCUGCUAAACCAUUAGUAGAAUAUGCAUUAGAAGUUGAGAAAAUAACUACAACGAAGAAACCUAAUCUAAUUUUAAACGUUGAUGGUAUAAUUGCCUGUGCCUUCGUCGAUAUGUUGAGGAACAGUGGAAGUUUCACUAGAGAAGAAGCGCAGGAGUACAUUGAAAUCGGUGCUAUAAACAGUUUAUUCGUUCUCGGUAGGAGUAUAGGAUUCAUUGGUCACUAUAUGGAUCAAAAACGAUUGAAACAAGGUCUAUAUCGGCAUCCUUGGGACGAUAUUUCCUACGUAUUGCCAGAGCAAUACAAUUGAAUUCAUCUUCCAUUUACAUUGUCUGUCGUAAAUGCAUAAUAAAUGUUACGAGUUCAUUUAAACCUUAGAUAGUUUCGAUGGUUAUGCCAUGCGUGGUUCACUUAUAGCUACAAGGACGCAUCAGUUCUUGGAAUGAAUAUAUAAUGCUUGAUUUGUAGUAUUGAUAUUAAAUAUUGUAAUGUCAAUUUGUAAUCGAAUGCCGUCAUACGACAUACUGUACUAUGUUUCCGUCGUCGUAAUCGAUGGAGUGGUACAUGAAUGGUAACUGGAAAGUGACAGCAUUCUAUCAACGGUUAGAAGAACAUAAGGAUAGAAAAAUUUAUUAAACAUUCCAUACAGCAUUUUCAAUUUUAUCAGGAGGUGGGAUGUAAGUAAAAAUAACACAACGAUCACCGACUAACGUGCAGUAACGUAAAUAUAUUUGUUCUUAUAGACAAUUUAUUGAAAGGAGCACAAAAAAUAUAUCAUUUUUCAUUUAUGAAAGUAUCAUUUGUUAUUUUAUAUAAAAAACUGCUAUGUAUCUGUACAUAUACAUGCAUGUACUUGCAUGAAUGUGUUGUAUUAUUACACUCGCGCGCACUCGCGCGCACUCGCGCGUAUGUGCACGUACGUAUAUGUUACAUCACAAUUUGUUGCACAAGAUAAGCUAUCAUUUACGUAUACAGUAUGUAGGAAAUAAUAAACACGUGUAAUAUUGAAA